AUGUCCAUUGAGGAGUCUACGCCGUCAGGUCCUCUUACCGUCUUCCACUCUCCUGAGGCAUUCAACGUCAAGCAUCCUUUGAUGAACCAUUGGUCGCUCUGGUUCACCAAGCCACCUACCCCUGGACAGAAGGACGCAUGGGCACACAACUUGAAGGAGGUAAUUUCUUUCGACAGUGUUGAGGAGUUCUGGGGUGUCUGGAAUAACAUUCCUAAGCCCUCUGAGUUGGCUGUGAAGUCUGACUACCACUUGUUCAAGGCUGGUGUCAGACCCGAGUGGGAAGACCAGCAGAACAAGAUCGGUGGAAAGUGGGCGUACCAGUUCAAGGAUAAGCGUGCCGUUCCUAUCGACGAGUUGUGGUUGCACUCUAUGCUUGCUGCGAUCGGUGAGACCGUCGAGAAAGAUGAUGACAAGGAAAUCAUGGGUGUCGUGCUCAACUGCCGUAAGGGAUUCUACCGUAUCUCCCUCUGGACCCGUACCUGCCAGAACAAGGCUACGCUAGUCGACAUCGGAAAGAAGUUUAAGCAGGUGUUGGGAUUGUCGGAGAAGGAUAUCUUGGAGUUCAACUCGCACGCGGACUCUGCGCACAGCGGUACCUCCAGGGCAAGGAGUUUGUUGACUGUGUAA